AUGCGGGAGGUGGCGACCAUCCCUUCCAAACGCCUGCGGAACAAGAUCGCGGGCUUCACCACGCACCUCAUGAAGCGCAUCCAGAAGGGCCCUGUGCGCGGUAUCUCCUUGAAGCUGCAGGAGGAGGAGCGCGAGCGGCGCAUGGAGUUCGUGCCGGACCGCUCCGAGGUGAACACCGACUUCAUCCAGGUGGAUCCGGACACCCGGGAUAUGCUCAAGGAGUUGGAGAUGGACCGUCUGCCGAACAUCGCCACCUCCAACACCACGCUCACGGGCAUGCAAAUUGGCGGGGAGGUCGGCCAUGUGGACUUUAAUGUGGAGCGACCUGCGCCAACAGGUGACGACGUGAUGAGCCUGCCCAGCAUCGAGAAAGUCCCGGAGCCUGUGGAGGAGCCUGGGCUGCACAGCCUGGAGAAGUGGGAAGACGCUAUGGGCUUCACAGUCGCAGCCGGCAGUUUGGAGUGCCGCCUGGCGGGGAACUCCGCGCGGUUCCUGGCGCGGGACCACUUGGACGUGGUGCCGCCGCUGCCGGCGCAGGAGGCCGUCAUGGUUCGCCUGCUUCCUGACUUCAAGCCUUUUGCUGCCAAGGACGAGCACCUCCAUGUGCAUUGGAACCAUGCUGUGGAGGCAGACGAGCGCCUGACCGGUGUGGUACGAGAGGUAAGCGAGCCAGAGGAUGAGAUGAUCGCCAAGCUGCAGGAGGCCAUCCGAGUGUCAGCCUGGCCCUCACGAACCUGGAUGCUCGCAGGCGCGUUCUUCGCCAACGUGGCCGAAGCCUUGGGCCGAAGCCGCAAUCGCACCGGCGGCAGCAGCCACACAGCGGAACUGGCGGCGCGGCGCGCCAUGCUACUGGGCAUCGCCACGAAGCUGAUGGCGACGAGCGGGCGGCGCCGGGAUGCGCACGCGCGAGAGCUGGACAUGCUUGCGGAAGACUCGGAGAAGCCAGGAGAUGCAGAGGUGCAGACGCCCAUGCGGCCCAUGGUGUCCUUCAAGAACUAUGCGGUGGACCUGGCCCACACGCCCGCCUCCCCCACCUCUGGGGCGACGCAGGCUCUCAGAGAGGCUUUGGGGCGUUCGCCAGUGGAUGUGGAGGAGCUUUCCAUGGCCCUGGAGCAGGGGCGUCGCUCCAAUGUGGACACCAUGCUGCUGUCCCGGGGCGAGGACGUGUUCAUGUCGCUGAUCGAGAAGCAGGCAGCGGUGACGCGACUGGCCACAGCCAUCCAGAACCGCAUGCUCAAGGACCUGCGGUCUGCGCUGCAGAAGGCGGAGCUUACCCUCCAGCCUGAAGAAUAUCCGGACGCCCAGGGCGUCGGUCUGCUGCAGCGCGCGCGGGCGGUAGUAGCUGAGGAAGAGCUCCGCGCCAUGUCGGAGCUGCAGGAGGCGAUGGCCGGCGGCGGCGCCCGGGAGCCCAUGCCUAUAGACGUGGAUUGGGGUGACGGGCGGAUUGACUAG